AUGAAAAACAUUUGGGCGGCAGUCCUGUUGAGUUUCCUGAUCUGGGGCAGGCUGGCCUUUGGUCAACCCUGGGCCGCCUUCCUGCAAGAUGACCCAUGUACUCAGCCAUCUGAGUGCUCGCUGCAGGCCUUGCAGAUGAAGGCGUGGGCGACGCCCUUUGUGGCGCCAUCCUGGCGUGCCACUGUCGCAGUGAGCAUGAAACUGCAUUCAGGGGACAUUCGGACUACCUCUGUCAGAUGGUGGUACGACGCCAAGGCUCACCGGUAUCGCGCGGACCGCGAAUUGCCGAACAGCACAGACCUCCAGCUGCCUUUGGGGGACCUGAACUACAACCGGAUUUUUACGAUGGGCCCGGUGUGUGUGGCAAAGUUGAUGUUCGAUUUGGAGGAACCCUUCGCCUGGCUUGCCUCCGCCACCAGAGGCGACAACUUUGUGGUGGCUGGCGUGGACUGCACCCUGUGGACCGGUACUGCAAUGGGGAGUAACGUGAUUUUCGACAUUGCCCCUCUGUCGUCGGUGCCCAAUGCCACCGUGUCUGUGUGCCUUGCAAAGGACGGGGUGCCCCGGGAGGUAAUGCUCGUGACGCCCGGCGCAAGGGGCUUUGCCACCAAGUAUGUUUUGUCCGACAUCCAUGUGGGGGAGUUGCCAGCUGAGGUCUUUGCACCAAGUGCUGCCUGCAUAUCCCGGAUUGACGUCAGGUGUGCUGACAGCAGCAUGCGUCAGAUCGACCUGUAUCGCAUCCACGGUCCCAACGAGACCUUAGGCGUGGAGAACCGCAACUUCGGAGACGCGGCGGCAUCUUUGCACUUCUUGUGCAAUGACAAGGUAAUCCUCCAAACAGACAAGCACGAGUCUUUCAUCACCCACUGGUCCAUUUUCGUGAACACCUCCUUCGGUUUGUACCGGAAGUGCUGGUACCGGAACGGUGCAAAUGUUUGUGAAGGCAACACCACGGCGGUGGGCAGGCAACUUGCGCUGAUGCCUCACACCAAUCUGCCGGCGGGCAAUUCCAAUGGCCAGUGCGGCUCUGCCACAGGGGUGUGGUACUCAGUGCCGGAGGCCGGGCGCUGCCACGGUGACAUCAGUUCUGGGUGCACUUGGGCUGACCCAGCGCGGCUUCGCACAGUGAGCGCCGCCUGCGUGGCAAGUGCCGACCAGGCCGCUCGCCUCGAAGAGCUUCUGCGAAAGGUGCGGCCCUCCAAGGGCGAUGAGGCUCCGUUGAUCAAAGCAGCGCAGCUCCGGUUGAAGAGGCUACACGAGCCGCUCCCGGAACCCGAGGAACCGCAGGAUCGACCCGAAGAAUCUGAGGCCACUCGUGUGGAGGAGACAGCUUUGCCGCCUCUGCCGGCUCUGCAACAGGUCGCCGAGGAGACUCCGAUGUGA